AUGAUCGCCAGCCAGGUUCAGCUGGUGCUCAGGGCGGAGGAUGGUUCUCCCCGGUUGAGGCCAAAGCUGUCGGGUGAAUGGACACAGGUGGAGGUGGUCCGUUUGGAGGUGCUGAACGGAGGGCUCGGGUUCGGCAUCGUUGGCGGCACGUCCACGGGUGUCGUCGUCAAGACCAUUUUGCCCGGCAGCCCGGCUGAUAAGGACCAACGACUCCGCCCCGGUGACCACAUCCUCCAGGUGGGCAACAUCAACACGCAGGGGAUGACCAGCCAACAGGUGGCCACCAUUCUGCGCCAACAAGAGAACCUGGUGGAGAUGAUCGUCGGGCGGCCGAUUAACGGAACCGAGAAACCGGAAGACACGGCUGACUGCUGGACGAUGGCCACAAAAUCGGCGUUGAAUCCCAGCCAGCUGGAGGAGGAGCGGAGAGGACGGAGGGCACAUUUGGAGCCGACAACUUCCGAAAAGGAAAACGAGCCGACUUCCGAUGUCCCCGAGGAAAAGCCCGACUCUGCAGAACCUGAACCCGAGCCAUCAGCCUCUCAAUCCAAUGCCCCACAACCGCCCACCUCGGAAUCUCGCAAAAACUCCACGCCCCACAAUACACCCCCAUGGACGUCCGGCGCGCAGAGUAUUGCCGCGGAAAGCAGAAAAUCUAGCUUGGCGGCUAAGCAUAGCGAGCCAGCCGGCUCCCCGAUCUCCCCAACCAUGUCGCUGAAGGCUCUUCAAGAGAUGGCGCUGACCGUGUUUCUGCGGGAGAACUGGGAAAAUGCUGGCAAGUAUGAUGUCGUGGAGGUCGAGCUGGGAAGGCAUCCGACGAUGGGCCUUGGGAUUACGGUGGCCGGAUAUGUGCAUAGGAAAGAAGAAAUUGGCGGUGUCUUCGUCAAAAGUCUGGUCAAAGGAAGCGCCGCGCUCAGAUCUAAACUCGUCCACCAGAACGACCUAAUUCUAAAGGUAAAUGGCGAAUCGUUGGAGCACCUGUCGCACGCCGACUCUGUGAAGACAUUGGUUAGAAGUGGGCAGAAGGUGGCGUUGAGCCUCGUCCGCUUCCACGCCGACAGCCCGCAGGCCCUCUGCCUGAACAUGCUGCAAAGACAAGAGACGGAGACGCAGGUCAUUGAUGUGCAAUCGUCGGAUCCGGAAUUGGUAGCGUUUUGGAAGCAGCGGAUAGAAGGUGACGUCGACAUCAUCCAAUCCGUGAUCCGCCCCGAUCGAGGAGGCGGAGGUGGUGAUGGAGGUCUAGGAGUCGCCCUGGAGGGUACUGUAGAUGUGGUCGAGGGUACCGCCCUCUGCCCCCACCAUUACAUCGGCUCAAUCCGACGAGACGGACCUGCCGCCGGGCUUCUCCAGGCUGGAGAUGAACUCCUGCAGGUGAACCAUGUGCACGUCUACGGGGAGUCCCACGUCACCGUCAGGGACGCCCUGGCACGGGCAGUGUCGGCGAACGCCCCCGUGACGCUGGUCAUUGCCAGAAAGGCAGAAACGAUCUCAAUGUGGAUGCCAUCGGGUGAUGCUCCCCUUGGUUCACUCCCCCAAUGUUAUCCUCUCCUCGCCUCAGCCAGUCAACAGGUCACCAAGGCCAAGUCGGACCCGUGUUUGCCGAGUUGUAGUCGGCAACCGGACGAUUCGAAUGUGGACGAGGAAUACGAGCCGCGGGCGUCGGGUAGCCGGAUGAGGGCCAGAUCGCUGGAGCCGUUGACCGGAUUGGCGUCGAUGGCGUCAAUGACUUCCUGGUCGCCAUGCUCCUCCAGAUCCGUCUCCCCGGCCUCACCAAUGAGAUUAGCCGGCUCCUGGGCGUACGACGUCAUCUACCUGCCCGCGCACCUCGAGCGAACGAUCAAGGUUCAAAAGGGACCGGUACCGCUAGGGAUUACGGUAGACGCGGAGCGGGACAAAGGCGUCAACGGGUGUGUGGUGAAGAGUAUUUGCGGGAAGAAGGCGAUAGCAAGGGAUGGACGUCUUCAGGUCGGCGACUACAUCGUCAAGAUCAACCACGAACCUCUCCGAAACUCGACCAGCUCACAGGCGAGGGCCAUCCUGAAGCGCACCAACCUUGUCGGAACCAACUGCACGAUCAUCUACAUCACCGGGGCGGACGCGAAGAUCUGGAAGGAGCGCUUUGCAAAGGAAGCUGAGCCACAAACGCCGGAGCUGAACAGAUUGUCGCCGAGGGUGUUCCCGAAGUUCUACCGGGGUGCGCUUGACCGGAAGCCAUCCGUGGACAGCCAGCUGGAAGUGUCAACGGCCAUUUCGACGUCGUUGACAGAGGCUCCGCCCACACCGGCUCCGACGUCGCCGUCAGACGCCGAGGUUGAGCAGCUACGGCAGAUAUUGAAUCAUAUUAUUGACGAGUUGUUGGCGGAAGUCAUGAAGCAAGCCCUCCAGGAUUCGGCCCUCCAGCUCGACGUCCUCACCCAGACACCGGACUGGAGCACGGCCAAAAGAUCGAAGUUGAGCAAGAAGAAGCGAGACGACGCCUUCUCGGACAAGCCGGGCGGGUGGAGAACGAGGGCUCGGCCACCACCUCUGGAGAAGAAGCGGAUGCGGAGACGGCGAGCUCGCGUCGCCCUGAUGCGCUCAAAGCUGUGGGGUGAGGCGCGGACCGUCAUCCUCAACCGGGAGCCCGAUAAAUCGUUUGGUAUCAGCAUCGUGGGCGGUCGGGUGGAGGUGUCUCAAAAGGGUGGGUUGCCAGGCACCGGGAAUACGGUAUCCGGAAUUUUCAUCAAAAGCGUGCUGCCAAAUAGUCCGGCUGGGCAGAGCGGCCAGAUCAAUAUGGGAGAUCGUGUGCUAUCGGUAAACGAGGUCGACCUCCGAGAGGCAUCUCAUGAAGAAGCUGUAGCAGCUAUACGCUCGGCGACAAACCCCGUGAAGUUCGUGCUCCAAUCCCUGCACUCAUUCGCCCCGCAUCAGCAAAUGAUCUCGUCCACCUCGUCCUCAACAAUCGGCUCAAUACGAGUUGAGGCAUCUGUUCGAGCUCACGAGCCGAUGGAGACCGUCGUUUUGCACCAUGACCAAGUGAUCGUCCACGAGGAGAAGCCAAAGCCGAUCCCGAAAAAGCAGCCAUCCGUCGAUAGUAGUGAGGUGAAGCCGAGUGUGCAGAGGCAGGCCACGAUUGAGUCCAAGAAAUCACUCCAAUCCCGCGUCUCUGAUCACUCGAUCCACUCGGGCCAUUCCCCCUCCCUCCGCAGCAUCCAUGCCGAGCUGGCCAACAUCGCCUCAACAUCUGAAGCCGAAGUCGAGCCGGCACCGGUGGAUGACCCCAUCGUGGAUGGGGUAGAAGAGGAAAGUGCCGCGUAUCUCCGACGUCGACCGUCCGAUUGUGAGGCCCCAUCCACGUUUGGAUAUACCAGAGGCAAAAUCGACCAGAAGUACUCGGCGCUACCGGGGGAGGUGUUGUUCUUGCAACUGCGCGGCGUGCCGGAGGCUGGAUUGGGAAUCUCUCUGGCCGACUCCACGGAUCGUCUCCCUCAUGGUAUCCUGGUCAUCUCCACCCACCCAGCCUGUCCACUACCGAUCCGACCAGCCGACGAGAUCCUUGAGGUGAACGGCAAGGUGCUCGUCGGACUCUCCCCCGCUGUUGCCUCAGGCCACAUCCGGACUGCCAAUGAUGAGGACUACUUGGAACUGCUCGUCUUGAGGAGACCACAGCCGGAACCGCUACCCGCCCCAGAAAAGCCAGAAGCUCCCCCUGCUCCUGCGCCGGUUGUCCUAAACGGACAGGCCGAACCGAAGGAACGGGAACAGCCGACUGUCCGGUUUGAGGACGGGGAGAAGCCCGAGAAGGCACAACCAACUGUACCUCCAUCACCACGGAACGAUCGGAUGCGUCCGCCCACCGAGCAGGCCACCCUCUCGCCGCAAGUCAACGACGCGCGGAAAAAGUCGCUGGCCGACCGGACGGUGGAAAUUGCGACCGGGAAGGAGACGGUCAUCGAGAUCGACAAGGAGGGCAAGGGUCUCGGCCUCUCCAUCGUUGGCGGCAUCGACACGGUGUUGGGUACUGUCGUCAUCCACGAGGUCUACCCAGACGGCGCCGCGGCAGCCGAUGGUCGUCUCCGCCCAGGCGAUCAGGUCCUAGAGGUGAACAAUCAAUCGCUACGCAACGUCACGCACGAGACGGCUAUCCAGCAUCUACGAAGGACACCAAAUCGGGUAAAACUCCAGGUGUACCGGGACGUUAAUCUCCAACGCUGCCUCCUCGACCCAACCCAGAUCUACAACAUCAUCGAGCUGGAGUUGACCAAGAAGCCGGGAAGGGGACUUGGACUGUCAAUCGUCGGCCGCAAAAACGAGGCCGGUGUGUACGUCAGUGAGGUGGUGCGAGGCGGCGCUGCUGAGGCUGAUCACCGACUUUUUGCUGGCGAUCAGAUUCUGGCCGUCAACGGAACCGACGUCGCAAAUCUGAUGCAAGAAGAAGUUGCGGCAAUGCUAAAGGCGUGUGUCGGAAAAGUAACGCUGAAGGUUGGACGUUGGAAGGUGACGGAAGCAACCGACAAAGUCCACGCCGCCGCUGAAGCCGCAAGAGCAACAACCGCCAGUUCUCCUAGGGAAGAUCCGCCCGCUGCAGCUGCAAAUCGACCCCUCGAGGUGAAGAAGGCGGAUCGGGACGGAGCGCUGAGUCCGUUGGCCGAGGAGCCGAUUGUUGCCAAGGAUGUGCAGCCAACCGCCUCCGCCAAACCCUCCACGAGUAGUUUAAUGCCGAAAGAACCGAGCCCUCAACCCUCCUCAUCCACCCCCUCUAACGUGGAGCUGCUCAAGGACCUGAAGGAGGAGGGAUCCGAAACGAUACUCGUCGAAUUGAGAAAGCAAUCCGAUCAACAACUCGGGAUGGGGAUCGGGAAGCGGAGUCGAGGGAUCCUUGUCACCUCACUUCAACCGGGUAGUGCCGCCGCCGAAAAGCUGAAGGUUGGCGACCGGAUCUUGGCCGUCAAUGCGCUGCCCGUCACCGACCAGCUUUCCGCGGUGACGUUCGUGAAAAGCUCGGGCGACCGGCUGUUCCUCCAAAUCGCACGGCCACGCCAGAACCCCCAUUCC